UAUAACUCGGAGCAUGCGCUUUAAUAGGAAAAUAGACUUUUAGACAAUUUCGCUUUUCAAUUGUUGCCAUCAUCAUGGGCGGAAACAAAGGAUUUAGUUAUGCUUUUGGGUUUUGUAACGUAACUCUUUUCAUAGUGGGAUUAUGGCCCAAAUUGAAAAAAUCAGAGAAAAAAGAUUGGCUUUCAAUUAUUUCUUUUAUUUUUUCACUAUGCAUAAUAGUUAUUUUUAUAAACAUAGCUCAAACAACAAAGUUAAUAAUCAUUUGGGGAGAUUUUGUUGAAAUGAUAAAUAAUAUUUCAACUGCAAAUUUGCCAAUUAUGGUAGCAGUUAUCAAAAUGUUCAUUUUUCAAUACUAUAAAAACGUUCUGGGCUGUUUGCUAUCAAAAGCUAUGAUAGAUUGGCAAUCGACUAAAACUCAAGAACAAGAAAGUAGCAUGUAUGAAAAUGCUAGAGUAGUAAGAAAAAUCUCCAUGAUUUGCUGCGUACUAGGUUUCAGUUCAGUUACCGGACAUUUAAUGAUUCGUAUAUGCCAAGAGCUGGAUUUUAUACCAAAUUAUGAAAAAAAACGCGAACCCAUGGUCAGCUCGUAUUUUCCGUAUGACUACAAAUCUAGCCCAACCUACGAGAUUACUUGGUUUUUUCAGUAUUUAGGGGCUGGUCUUGCAACAUUAGUGUAUUCGGGCUCACAUUGUCUGUUUGUUGGAUUAAUGCUUCAUUUGAGAGGACAAGUAAAAAAUUUGAGUAACACUUUUAGAAACAAUAGGACACGCAUAAAUAAACACGAAAGACAAGAUAGUAAACUUUUCAAAAACUUCAUAAAGUCUGUUGUCAUAAGACACAAUGAUUUGUACGAGUAAGUAUAACGAUUUUAAAAAACAAUUAAUUAUGAUUUAUGUUAGAUAAUUCUCAACAUUUAUUUGCUUACUGAUAAG